GACUUCCUGCAGCUGUACGAGGAGGCGCGGUACUACCAGCUGACGCCCAUGGUGCGGGAGCUGGAGCGCUGGCAGGCGGAGCGAGAGGCUCAGCGGGCGGCGCCCUGCGAAUGUCUGGUAGUUCGCAUCACGCCUGAUCUGGGCGAGAGGAUCGCCCUGAGUGGAGAGAAAGUCCUGAUCGAGGAGGUCUUCCCAGAGACCGGAGACGUCAUGUGCAACUCCGUCAACGCCGGCUGGAACCAGGACCCGACCCACGUCAUCCGCUUCCCCCUCAACGGGUACUGCAGACUCAACUCUGUGCAGGUCAGUGAUACACCUGAACUACACUUGACUUGUGCCUGUCCUACACCU